UUUAUAUAUAUUUUUUUUAUGUACUACAUUAUUAUUAUUCUUGCUGCCCUCUUUAAAAACUAUAAGUAAUAACUACUUUUUUUUACAAUGGUACUCAACCCUAUCAAGCGCUCGCAGAUACCUUCCCCGCUCGAAGACCAGCGUAACUUUGACGAGCUCAUCACGCAGUACCUCAACAAAUGCGACGACCUGCUCUCCUACACCAAGCGCUACCCGGUAGUUAAAAGAACCGCACAAAUGACAGUCCAACGGCAAAACCGCAACCCACAUGAAGAGCACCGAUGGCUACGGCGCGACAUCCGGCUGCAAAUCUCCUACAACGACCUUAAAUCCACCCUCUUCAUCAACCGCGCCGACCACCUCCCACGCUGGACACCGCAAAUGCUGGCCGCGGAAAAAGUCGAAGGCAUCGUGCCUAAUCUAUGCGACGUCUACCGGUACACCUUUAGGUCACAGGGAAUCAAGGCUAGGAGAGACUAUUGUCAAUUGGUCGUUAAGCGUGAGUUCACCGGGGAUAUUGCCCGUGUGAAGCCUAGGAUUUUUACGCCCUCGGCGAGUAUGACCAACUUGGCACAGGUCAUGCGCUCGCAGUCGACUGUUAACCUUGCUGUGCAUACCAUGGGGGGUCAUCAUUAUAGUCGGCCGGAUAGUCCGCUGACGCCCUCCAGCCCACUGACGCCCUCCAGCCCGAAUCCCUUCCACAAGGGCAUGAAGACCGCCCGAAGCUUCAUGGACCUCGAAAACGCCGCCUCGGAGUACGCGGCCUCCGAGUAUGCCGCGCCACCAAUGCCAAUGCCACUGGCGAUGAUGCCGCAGCCACUGCCUCCGUUCCCCACCAAAAGCACAGACAUCGAUAUUGACGCUGUACACCGUCCUGUGCGGCGAAGAUUCCAAAUUGUCACUAUCCCGAUGGACCACAAGAACUGCACGCCCCAGAAAGGGUAUGUGCGCGCGUUUUAUGAGACAUACGAGGAAGUUAGGGAGUUUGAGGAUGGCUCUGUUGAGUGGUCAUGUAUCCAUCACUCAGACUUUUCUGGAUGGCUUCCUGGGUUUAUGGCUGAUCAUUCGAUUGCGUCGGCGUUUCCCAAAGAGGGAGAAAGCUUUGUUGAGUAUAUAGCCAAGGGAUCGGCCAUGAAUUGAGAGAUUUUAUUGUUGA